GUCACGACCAAGCAGCGUUUGUCAAAAUCAUCGGGAGCAUAUCCCUCUUGCAACACUGUCCCGCGUCUCAUCCAUGGAUACACUUGCACCUCCAAAUCCUCACCUUCCUCGCUCUGACACUUACACAUCGAGGUUCUCUCAGGCGAGAGCAGCAGCACCCAAGGUUACGAGAUUAGCGAGACGAAUUCAUGGAUGGAGUUGGCAGGCGUUUCCGAUUGGAAUGGGUACAGGAGCGGUUUAUGUGACCAUGUCUGGAAUCAAAGAACAUACUCCCGUACUCACACAUGUAGAGACGGUUUUUUUCUUCAUGAACAUCGCGUUAUUCCUCCUCAACACGUCGACUCUCCUGCUCCAAGCCAUCCUGUAUCCUCGACAGGCAUGGCGUUUGAUCACUGACCCUGUGAAGGGGGUCUUCGUCCCGCUCGUCGUACUCUCUUUCGCUACGAUCAUCAUCGGAACCAUCAACUAUCUCUUGAAGCCGCCAAUAAGCAUCGAACCACCCUUCGUCUAUGCUCUCUUCUGGGUCUACGUAGCGGCUGCGGUUCUCAUCUGCUUUCCGAUGCUGUUGAUAUGGUUUAACAAGCCGCACGACAUUAACACCUUCACACCCGCAUGGGCUUUCUUGGUCUUCCCCAUGAUGCUAGUGGGCGUUGUUGCGUUCAACGUUCUCAAGGUCAUGGAUCCCGCCGACGACCGCGCCGUUGGAGUUCUCUUUGUUGGAUACUUCUUCCAAGGCCUGGGUUUCUUCGUCACAAUGUUCUAUAUUGGCAUUUACAUUCUUCGCAUCAUGACCACGGGCUUCCUCGAUGGACAUCAGGCUAACGGCGCCUUCGUCGCUGCUGGCCCUCCAGGAUUCACUGCUCUCGCUUUGAUCAACUUGGGUGUUCAUGCUCGAGCGAUCCUACCCGCACACGACCUCGUUUCUCCACUUUCCGGAGAGAUCUGGUACUCAGCCUCCGUCCUCGCAGGUUUACUGCUAUUCGGCCUGGCAAUAUUCUUGUUCGUGUUGGGCGUCCUUCCGUGGUGGGUGAAGGUCCACAAGCAUCUCUGCGAAAUCCUCGGAUGCUGGGCUCUCACUUUCCCCAAUGUUGGUUGGAUCUCCACCCUGCGCGCUCUUGGCGAUGCGCUGAACAUCGAAGCCUUCUACACGCUGCAUCUCAUCUUCGUUUGCAUCAUGUGCGCCACAUGGCUCGUCCUCGCCGUGUUCACCGCCGUCGCGUUCUGGAAAGGUGAGAUCUUCUUGGCCAAGGAUGAGGAUGUCGCCAAGGACAAGAUGUGGGAGUCGGAACGGAGAAGGCCAUCUGAGUCCAGCGAGACGACGAUGUAUGGCGACAACUAUCAGCGUGCGCACGGUAUCGUCUGAGUCCUUGGCGCGCGAUACUUGCUUGUGCUUGGGUGUCUUUGGGUGUAGGAGGUGUUUGUAGGACUUUGCUUUCAUCAUUGUUUUCUCCAGAUGUUUCUCGAUUUCUUUUCUUUCCUCACGUUUCCUGUUCUUGUCGCAUAUAUUCGUCUUCAUGGAUCUCUGUUCUUGUUCUCGGUUCUCAAUCACGCAGUAGAUAUAGACUUCCUCGCGUCACCACCACCACUGUCCCUGUCCUGUCCCACUUUACUCGCAUUUAUUUAGACCUGUACUCAUAGCAUUUCCACUAGCAGUACACCCCAUCCUCUUCCCCCUUCUCCAUGCUUCCAUACAAUCUACGACUCGGACCUCUGACGGUCUUCCCUUUAUUCUAUCUUACUGCUAGUGCACCCGUCGCUCCCUAGCUAUUGCUCACUUACAUAGUCCCGUUUUCUUUUUG